AUCGUAACGAUGCACCUAUUUUGGCAUAUAGUACUGGUGCCACUUCUACUGCCGGUCGCCGCUUUUCUGUUAUUUCGUUGGAAAAACCGUCGCUUCUAUCGCAUAUCAGCCGAACUGCCGGGACCCAAGGAUUACCCGCUCAUCGGUUGUGGACACCUUUUUUUCGGUAAAAGUAACGAAGAGCAGUUCGCAAUUCUAAAUGCACUCACGAAAAAGUAUCCUUCGCCAUGCCGAGCGUGGCUCGGACAUAAAUUCUUACUAUUCAUCGACAAUCCGGAAGAUCUUCAAACAGUGUUGAAUUCACCCAACUGUCUGGAAAAGGCUGAUGUUUAUCGAUUUUUCCACUGUGAAAAAGGACUGUUUUCGUCACCGGCAAGCGUUUGGAAGGUUCACCGCAAGUUACUGUCACCUUGUUUCAGUCCCGCCAUACUAGCCAGUUUUGUGUCAAUUUUUAACACCAAAAGUGCAACUCUAGUGCAGAGAAUCGAAAAACAUUUAGGACACGGAGAAUUUAAUAUUAACGAAGAUAUUUCACGGUGUACUUUAGAUAUGGUUUGUGCAACAACUCUGGGAACCAACAUGGAUCUACAGAGUGAGGAAGGAACAGAGUACAUAAAAGCAAUCGAAGAAGCAUGUGAACUCAUCAACCAAAGAGUAUACAAAUUUUGGCUGCAUCCGGAUUUUAUCUAUGAAAAAACUGCUUAUUUCAAAGCUGAACAAGAAAACUACGAAAAAGCAUAUAAAAUGUCUCGCAAAGUUCUACGCCUCAAGCAAGGAGAACGCAAGGAUAAAACCAAACCCUUAAAAUUGGAAAGAAACGAUGACUUUAAAAAACCACAAAUAUAUAUAGAUCAAAUUCUACGACUUGCCGAGGAGACGGAUAUUUUCGACGAAGCAGCAAUUCGCGACGAGUUGGACACAAUUAUCCUAGGUGGUAACGAGACCUCCGGCUUGACGCUUUCGCAUGUAAUGCUAAUGCUGGCCAUUCAUCAGGAGAUUCAGCAAAAUGUCUACAAUGAAAUUGUCAACGUAAUUGGAUCUCGAGAUCCAUCUGUUCCCGUCCACAACGAUCAUCUUGGCAAGCUAAAUUACACCGAAAUGGUCAUUAAGGAAACAAUGCGUCUACUACCGGUAGGACCGGUUAUUGGUAGAACCUGCACUGCUCCGACGAAAAUCUCAAAAACAACCAUUCCGGAAGGUACCACCAUUAUUUUAGGCGUGUACAACAUCCAUCGUAAUCCGGCGCACUGGGGUCCCAAGGUGGAUGACUUCAAUCCGGAGAACUUCCUUCCGGAACGAGCGGCAGAGCGGCAUCCGUACGCGUAUCUACCGUUUAGCGGAGGUCCUCGAAACUGUAUCGGCUACAAGUAUGGCCUCAUGUCUAUGAAGAUCAUGAUGUGUCAUCUGCUGCGUGCGUACCGAUUUCGCACAUCGCUUAAAAUGGAUCAGUUGCAGUUGAAAAUGAGCAUCACACUAAAGAUUGCAAACAAACAUUUGGUGCAGAUUGAAAGAACGCGAAAUCGCAUUCAAGUCGCGUGUAAAAUCGCGUGUUACAAGAAAACGACGGUCAUGUGGAACACGGUGGUUCUGUAUUUCGUUACGGCGGUUGUCGCAUUCGCGGCUUACUACCGGUGGUCACGCAGGAAAGUUUUGGCGGCAGUGGCCAACAUGAACGGACCGGUAGCUUUGCCACUAAUUGGCCACAUAUAUAUGAUGCUUAAACUUACAUCGGCAGAGGCAAUAUAUCAUACGUUAAAAACAGUUGCUGCGGAAUACGCAUCUCCGCUCUGCAUCCACAUAGGCCACUUAGUGCACAUUGUUCUGUACACACCAGAACACCUGCAAAUCGUUCUGAAUUCGCCGCAUUGUCUUAGCAAACCAUUACAGUACCAGUUUUUCCGUGUCAACAGGGGACUUUUUUCAGCUCCAGCUCACAUAUGGAAAGGACAGCGAAAAAUUUUGAACCUCUCGUUCGGCCCGACUAUCUUAAACAGUUUUGUUGGUAUCUUCAACGAGAAAAGUGCCGUUCUAGUCGACAAAAUGGAAAAAUAUAUUGGACAGGAUGAGAGAGAUUUUUUCCACGACAUAGCGCUCUGCACGCUAGAUGCGAUAUGUUCAACUGCGUUUGGAUGUGAUUUUAAUAUGCAGCGAACUCCAGAAGGAGAAUUCUACCUAGGUUUACAGGAAGAAUUCAUCGAUCUUGUCACUGCUCGUGUCUUUUCGCCGUCCAAAUAUCCAGAGUUCCUUUACCGGUUUACUAAAGCGUACAGAAGAGAACAAGAGGUCCUGCGUGGUGCACGACUGCUAGCAACCAAAGUUAUGACAGCCCGUAAUGCUGAGGAACUAUUGUCAGCAGAUACAGGACCGAAAGUUUCUGAAACAUCAAUAGGUAGCAAAAAGCCACAAAUUUUUCUUGACAAAUUGCUAGAACUCGCUCGGGAAAAUGCUCAACUAUCCAAACAGGACAUUCCUGAGCACUUGGAUACUAUUAUUUUUGCGGGAAACGACACAACGGCGACGACUAUGAGUAAUCUCCUGCUAAUGCUAGCCAUGCAUACAGAUGUCCAGGAAAGGGUUUACCAGGAAAUCAUGCAGUCGUGUCCAGAUAGUAAUCAAUACGUGUCUGCGGAUGACGUUACAAAACUGGUGUACACUGAGAUGGUUUGCAAAGAAACGAUGAGACUGUUUCCUGUUGCUCCAAUCGUUGGGCGAACUACAACCAGUGACAUUAAACUUGAUGAUCGCUGCACGAUUCCCUGCAAUUCUACGAUAUUGUGUGGGUUUUAUCAACUGCAUAGGGAUCGACAGAUCUGGGGCCCCGAUGCAGAGAGUUUCAAUCCGGACAACUUUUUGCCGGAGAACUGUGCUCAAAGGCAUCCGUACGCGUACCUUCCAUUCAGUGGAGGGCCUCGCAACUGUAUAGGCAUUCGGUAUGCCUGGCUUUCUAUGAAAAUCAUGAUUGUUUACUUGUUGAGAAGGUUCCGCCUGAAAACAACGCUUACGAUGGAUACCUUAAACAUACGAUAUUCUAUUAUUCUGAAAAUCACCAAUGGAUGCUGGAUCGCGCUGGAAAAGCGCAACCCGUAACCGGUAAAACCACAGCAGUUAUUAGUUCUCAGUUCCUAACGAUUUCAACAAAAAUUACCAAACUUGUUUUUUAGUUUGUUUAUUGAAUUCAUUUAGUUUCACCCUGAAACACUACAACAAACCAUUUGAAAGAUUUCAGGUAAUAUAUAUCGAACGUUGCAAGUUCUUGGAAAAUUGUUUUUUUUUAUUUGUACAGAAUUUAUAACACUAGAGUAUUAGAUAACCGUCACACAAGACAUUGUGGUUAAAGAUCUUAGACCAAGUAGAUGAAAUAUAACAAAAUAAAUAAAUAUAGGAAAUAAAAUAAAUCUUCGAA